AUGGAAUUAAACAAUCGUAUAGACGAUAAUGACGACCGUCAAAGUGUUGGUGUAGUAGGAGCAGGAUUAGUUGGUUGUUUAGCAGCAUUGGCAUUCGCAGCAAAAGGAUUCCACGUUACAUUAUUUGAAUUAAGACAAGAUCCAAGAACCACGGAUGAUAAAAACAAAAAGAAUUUACGUUCAAUUAAUUUAGCAGUCAGUAAUCGAGGUAUUAGUGCAUUAAAAUAUGUGGAUGAACAAAUGGCCGAACGGAUUCUUGAACAUAUUAUUCCUAUGAAGGGAAGAAUGAUUCAUGAUAUUACUGGUACAAAACAGGAAUCUCAGUUAUAUGGAUUGAAUGGAGAAUGUAUAAAUUCCAUCGAUAGAUCAUUUUUAAAUGAAUGCUUAUUAAAUGAGUUGGAUAGAGCUGAAGUAAGGGUAUUAUUUGAACAUAAAUUACUCAAAAUGAAUAAUUCAUCUGAUAAAGAUAAAGCACCAGUCUUAACAUUAUAUGAUACUAAGAUUCAUGAAACCAAGACAUUUCAAUUUGAUUAUAUUGUAGGAGCAGAUGGAGCUCAUUCUCAAUUUAGAUAUCAAUUACAAAAAUCAAUGAAGAUGGAUUAUUCACAAAAAUAUAUCGAUAUGCAAUAUUUGGAACUUUAUAUUCCACCAAAUGAUGAUCCAAAUGCUGAUAAUAAAUUCCAUAUUGAUCCAAAUCAUUUACAUAUUUGGCCAAGACAUAAUUUCAUGUUAAUCGCAUUAGCUAACAAAGAUGGAUCAUUCACUUCAACAUUUUUCAGUCCAUGGUCAGUAAUAGAAUCAAUUAAAUCAAGUGAAGAAUUUCUUGAAUUUUUCCAAACCAAUUUCCCGGAUGCAUUUAAAUUAAUUGGUGAAGAUGCGUUAACACAAGCUUAUAAUUCAAAUCCAAGAGGGACAUUAAUGCAAGUUAGUGCUUACCCAUAUCAUAAUCCUAAUGGUACCGCUAUUAUAAUUGGUGAUGCUGCUCAUUCAAUGGUUCCAUUUUAUGGACAAGGAAUGAAUUGUGGAUUCGAAGAUGUUAGAAUCUUAAUGGAAUUAAUUGAUGAAACCAAAGAUGUCAAACAAGCAUUUAUGAAUUAUUCAGAUGCAAGAAAACAAGAUCUUGAUGCUAUUUGUAAAUUAGCUCUUGAUAAUUAUUAUGAAAUGUCUUCAAAAGUUACCAAUAUUUGGUAUUUAAUUAGAAAAAAAUUAGAUUAUAGUUUAGGUAGGGUUGUUAAUGGAAGAUUUGGUUUACAAUGGUUACCUUUAUAUACUAUGGUUUCAUUUAGAGAUGAUAUUCCAUAUUCAAAAGCAAUUGAAAUUGAAAAAAGACAAGCUAGAAUCUUGACUAGAAUUCAAUAUGGUGUAACUGCCACGUUUAUAAUAUGCGGUUUAGCUAAAUUAGGACAUUGGUAUCAUAAAGUUCAUAAAGAUUAG